CACGAACGCCUUGUUUACAUUCCAGAGGCGAGAAUUCAGAAGCGGGGCGGCAAAUCGACGCGACUGGUUCACUCUGCGCGUUUCGGUUCACAAUAUUCUAAUAUUUUGGUGAAGACCUCUGUAGAGAGUUUUAAUUCCACGAUGGCAGAUGAAACCCUCGCUAAAGCUGGUCUAUACUUCGACGAGCUCAAUAAAAUUAGAGUUUUAGAGCCAGAAGUUGCUCAGCAAACUGCAGAAUUAAAGGACGAAUGCAAAGAAUUUGUGGAUAAAAUUGUUGAGUUUCAUCAGCGAGCAGACAAUUUCAUCCAACUUGCUGAUUCAUUAAGUGCUGCAGUAGAGACAGAGAAAAUGCGUGCCAUUGGUUCCAGGAAUUUGAUAAAAAGUAUGAGCAAACAGCGGGAAUCACAGCAGCUGCAAUUACUGGCACUGAUUGGAGAGAAGAAAUUAGAAUUGGAGAGGCUGCGUGUUCAGCAUGAAUCUCUGCAAAGAACAGAAGCAGAACAACUCGAGUUCAUUGAACAGUUUAUAUUACAAAAAUAAUUUUCUUCCUUGCAUUAUUUCACAUCUAGCACUUGUAGAUUUUGCUCCACCAGAACCUCCAAAGAAAGAAUAUUUACUAAAAUAGGUUCAGUUUGUAAUUUGUAUCACUUUUCGCAAGAAAUACAAGGAUUUUAUUAUCUGUCUGAAGUCCAGAAUGUCAUGUUAAGUUCCUUAUACAUUGAAUAAAGAUCUGUGUUGAACAAUU